AUCGUUAAGCUUAUUUUGUGAUAAUAUAUUUUGAAUUUUUUAAUUAACGAAUAACUCUCGCAUUUGACGUGAAGCGAUGACAAGUAGUACCACGUGUUUAAUUAUUGAAAUAGAUUAUAAAUUUUUCAUUAAUAAACAUUUUAUCUCUCUUGGACACAAUUAGCAUUCUUCCUCGAUAGUAGUGCCUUUAUGAGUCAAAAAAUUCAAAAUUAUUUGCUAAUUCUUCAAGAGAUUUUUUAACCUUUACUAAUUUUCGUUGUGUCUUUUGGUUUGACCAGGCUCAUGCAAAAAUUGAUCCUAUUUUUACAAUAUCUCGAUUGCUUAUUAGAAAACCUUUCAGUAAUUUUUGAUUUCAAGAAUUAGUUUUACCAAAUUUUGUAAAAUUGAAUACAAAAUCAAAAUGCCAGAAGUGUGUUUGUUUUCUCGAAAUCGUAGACUUCAUCCUGUGAUUAGUUUAUUUAUUGGAAUAUUAUUUGGUUUUUUGAUUGCUGUUAUGCUUCGAUCUUUCAUACCUCAUCAUCUCAUGUCUGGAUGUAUUCAUUAUCGCAUUAGAUCAGUAAACAGAAUAGUACAAGAAAAUGUAUAUCAUGAAAAUAUUGAAAACAUAUCUAAACAAGAUAAAACAUUACUUUUUAUUGGUGUUAUGACAGCUCAAAAAUUUUUAGAAAGUAGAGCACUUGCUAUAUAUUCUACAUGGGGCCAAAAUGUUCCAGGAAAAUUACUAUUUUUUUCCAGUGCCAUUUCUAAAACAUCAUUGAAAAUACCACUUGUGCCUUUAAUUGGAGUGGAUGAUUCUUAUCCUCCACAGAAAAAGUCAUUCCUGAUGUUGAAAUAUAUGCAUGACCAUUAUAUUGAUAAAUUUGAAUGGUUUAUGAGGGCUGAUGAUGACAUGUAUGUCAGAAUGGAUAAAUUAGAAAAAUUUUUACGUUCAGUCAAUAGCAGCAAACCUCAGUUUAUUGGUCAGGCUGGAGUAGGGAAGGAGGAAGAAUUUGGACAAUUGAAUCUUGAGCCAGAUGACAAUUUUUGCAUGGGAGGCCCUGGAAUCAUCAUGAGUCGAAUGACAUUAAAAUUAUUAGUUCCACAUAUUCGGUACUGUUUGAAACAUUUAUAUUCCACACAUGAAGAUGUUGAAAUAGGAAGAUGUGUAAAGAAGUUUGUUGGAAUUCCAUGUACAUGGUCAUAUGAAAUGCAGAGUAUUUUUUAUCACAGUUUUAGUGGGGAAGGUGUAUUUACAAAACGAUUAAAAGUCAGAGACAUUCAUCGAGCAAUAACACUACAUCCAAUUAAACAGCCAUUAUAUUUAUAUCGACUCCAUAAUUAUUUUUUAGGAUUGCAAUCUCAAGAACUAAGAUAUAAAAUUUUACAUCUUAAUCGUGAACUUCAAGAUAUGCUAAAAUAUAUACGUGAAGAUAAUCCAUCAGAAGAAAUUCCACUUAUUAAUGACACUUCUAUUCAAGGAUCAAGACCUGAUUUAAAUAGAUUUUACCCAAAUAAUUCUGAAGAAGUUUUGAUAUGGGAUUAUCUAAGUAAGAAUAUAUAUUCUGCAUAUAGUUUAAAUCCAAAACGUCGAAUGGAACUACAUCUGCAAACUGCAAUAAAUGAUACAAUUAUGGAAGUAAUGGAAAUGAUUAACAAAUUUUCUAAACAGCGUGGUCGGAUUAUUGAUUUCAAAGAUUUAUUAUAUGGUUAUAUUCGUGUUAAUCCCCUUUAUGGGGUAGAUUAUAUAUUAGAUAUGUUACUGACCUAUAAAAAAUAUCGUGGAAAGAAGAUGACUGUUCCUGUAAGAAGACAUGCUUAUUUAUUUCAAGCUUUCUCUGAGCCUGAAAUAAGAGAGAUCAAAGAGGAAGAAUUUGAAACUUCUGUUCAAUACAGAGGGUCUAAUAUUGACAGAUAUUCAACAGGAACAGUAAUUCAUUUCAUUUUACCUCUGAGUGGAAGAGUAAAUACUUUCAAACGAUUCUUAAAAAAUUUUGAAGAUGUCUGCUUGAAAACGGAAGAAAAUGUUGAAUUAGCUGUCGUGUUAUUUAGUGAUGGUUCUCCAGAUGAUGCUACAGAAACAAAAACAGUAUUUGAAGAUCUUCGAAAUCGUUAUCCUAACUAUUUAUUGAGAUUGGUUGAAGCAAGUGGGCUAUUUUCUAGAGCAUUAGCUCUAGAAAUUGGUGCAAAGCUUUAUUCAUCAAGUGCCUUACUUUUCUUUGUGGAUGUUGAUAUUAUUCUUGAUAAUAGUGUUUUAAGGAGAGUGCGCAUGAAUACUAUAAAAGGUAAACAGGCAUAUUUUCCAAUAGUGUUUAGUGAAUAUGACCCCAGGUUUAUACAAAAUGCUUCUUCUUAUGAAACUACACAUAUCAAUAAAGAUCGGGGUUACUGGCGGCAGUUUGGCUUUGGUAUAGUCAGUCUCUAUCAUGGUGACUUGCAAGAAGUUGGAGGAUUAGAUACAGGAAUCCAAGGAUGGGGAAAAGAAGAUGUUGAUCUAUACAACAAAAUUGUGCACAGUAAUAUAACAGUAUUUCGUGCUGCUGAUCCCGGUUUAAUCCAUCUCUUCCAUCCAAUUGAAUGCAGUCAGCAAUUAGAGAAAGCUCAGUAUGACAUGUGUCUUGGCAGUAAAUAUUCCAGUUUAGCAUCAGUGGAGAGAUUAACUGAGAUUAUCAUGGCAGAUUUAGAAUCCUAUGUGAAAACAAGCAACUAAUGAUUCAUUUUGUUAUUAAGGAUCUCAGUUGAAAUAAUAAAUACAUUUAGUAUAUGUAUAUUAUUUCAAAUUGAUGGCAAUUAUUAUUUACCAAAGAUCUUUAAUCCUAUAACGAUUAGCAGCUACUUUGUAUUUAUACAAAUUCCAAAUAUUUACAUCCUGUUGAGAGCUUUUGUUUUACUAUUAUUUACUGUUGUUUUGUGCCAAUUAAUGUUUGUUAUUUAUAAGUUAAUGAGGUUGCCAUUUUUAGUGCCUUUAAUGAUUGUAAAUAUUGUUAUAUUUCAAUAUAUAACUGGAAUUUGAUAAAAUAAAAAA